UUCUACCUUUGGUGGACAUAGUGCAAGGGCAAAGAGCCUCAGAGAGAAAGAGGAAAGCUUCCUUCCCCAGAGACAGAGAGGUACUGAAAGCAUAAGCAAGAGAGACCUUACACUGGAGCACGCAAGACCAGCUGCAGAGAUCCGAGGACAUUUGAAAAGUGAUUGAAGAGGAGACACUUUGGAGUGAGCAUGACAUCGUUCGAACCGCAGGGCCAGUCUCCCCCUCGCUGUGGCCCCCAGUUUCCCAGCUUGGGGCAGGAGCCCCCCGAACUCAGCCUGUACAGUGACAGCUACUACCCUCCUCCCUCGUUACCCAGCCCUCAGAGGGCCACCCCGUCUUCCUACGACCUGGGAGACUACUCCACCACAUCUCCCAACCCCUACCUCUGGUUCAACAGCUCAGGGAUCAACAGCUCCCCCUACCUGGGCGGAGGUCCCGGGACGGCCGGUCCCCCCUUCGCCCCGCAGCACUAUGGCAUGCAGAGGCCAUACCUGGGCGCAGGUGGGACGGGGGGUGCAGGAGGGGAGCUGAACUGGUUUUCCCUGCCAUCUCAGGAGGACCUGAUGAAGCUGGUCAGGCCCCCGUACUCCUACUCCGCCCUCAUAGCCAUGGCGAUUCACGGGGCCCCUGACCGCCGCCUUACCCUCAGCCAGAUCUACCAAUACGUGGCCGAUAACUUCCCCUUCUACAACAAGAGCAAAGCCGGCUGGCAGAACUCCAUCCGCCACAACCUCUCGCUCAAUGAUUGCUUCAAGAAGGUGCCCCGUGAUGAGGAUGACCCUGGCAAGGGUAACUACUGGACCCUUGACCCCAACUGCGAAAAAAUGUUCGAUAACGGCAACUUCCGCCGCAAGAGGAAGAGAAAGUCCGACUCGCUGGCAGGAGAGGGGGGGCCCGGUGGGGCUCUCAGCUCUGAGUCGGCAGAGGGGAGCGGAGGAGGCAGCCCCAAAAACACCGUGAUCGACAUCGCCAACACGCCUGAGAGAGACCCCUCCCCUGGCGCUGUGGGCCCCACCCCUUGCCUGAGCAGCUUCCUGUCGGAGAUGUCCAACGUGGCAACAGGGACGGUCGGAGUUGGCGGCGAGCCCCUGAGCCGCCACCUGCCUUUGGGCCUGCCCCCGGUGGAGGGUCCCCCCAGGCCCACGCAAGCCAACAGCUUCGGCUCUUACUCUUCCAGCUCCGCGGUGCCAGAGUGGGCAUCUCCCCUGCCCCCGCCGCCCGCCCUCUCCUCCUCCUCACCAUCCCACUCCUCUUUGGGCUACAGCGGCUCCGUGCUCAGCCAGUUCAACGGCCACUUCUACCCCGGGCUGGGCUCCACUGGAUUGCUCUACCCCCGGGAGGGCACGGAGGUGUGAAAGGGACAAAGUGGACAGAUAGACAGAUGGACACACUGUGACAUCAGGCUGAACGCUUGGGCUCCUUUGCCCCUGGGAGAGAGUCCUGAGUCUGUGAGCAGCGAAUCCUGGCACAUAGAGAAACAGGACCUGCAUGCGUACAUGCACAAAUUCACAAAUUCACACACACACACGCACACACAUACACAGAGCCUGCACGCUGUUGCCAUCCCCUUCCCAGAAGGGCCGCCGUGUGACUGCGGGACGAAGGCCGACUCCCAUAGGAACACCUGAGUCAGCAAGUAAAGCGCAGCGCUGAUACUCCCACGAUCCCUUCAAACUCUCACUGUGUCAGCGCUCACACGCUCACUGAUCUCAGAUCUCAUACCGACACCGUCCUCACCCUCUCUCACACACACACAUACUGAUUUCGUAUCAGCCCGGCUGCUGACAUCAUGCCAUUCCACGCAAAUCUGUUUGUCUUUGCUAUUAUCAUACCGAGCCUGAUGCAGACGCUCAGAGGGAACGCUUACGGUAAUAAUGCCAAUUCCUGAAAGGGGCUGGGCUAAUUUGUCUGUUUUGGACAGUAAUAAAACUGUAGAAUUCAGCAAGACAAAAAAAAAAACUACUCACACAUGCAGUACUUCCCCUGUGCAGGGGUACAAUGUUGCUGUUAUUUGUAAACAAAAAAAAUUGUAUAUUUUAUUUGUUUUUCUAUUUAUAUCUUGUGGCUGUAAUAUGUAUUGAAUGAUUGUUGGGAUGUAUGUUUACCAUUUAUGGAGUGUGUCUUGGGAUCUAGAAGAGGAGCUUUUGUCUCUGGGAGUGGAGAUAUAUGCAUCAAUGGGAUGUCAAACUCUGUAAAUAAGGGCCUUACUUGGGACGAAACGGGUACAGUAUUUUUAAA